CGCGUGGGCACGCUAGCGUGUUGCUGUACCUAGAGGCUGUCAGUCCAGCUGCUGCAGGUGUUUACAAUCCAGCCCUGCGUCCCAGCUUCCUGAUAGCGCAGGGCUCUGUCUGCCUCCUUUCUCUCCUCCCUCGUCACCUCCCUACUCCUGCCUUCCACACUGCUUUCUCCUUCCCUCUGACGUAAAACAAGGAUUCUCUUCUGUGUCUGCUGGGUGAAGGGGAGAGAGAGAGAGAGAGAGGGGCAGACAGGAGAGCAAAAAAAAAAAAACAAGGAAAAGGCGGAGGGGCUGUGCAUAACAGAGAUGGAGAGGAGAGGGAGGGAGGAAGGAAAAUAGAGCAGUGGCGGAAAAGAAAAUAGGCCAGCAUUAAACCCUCAUCUCCUCUUCUCCUACCUCCAGGCUUUGGACCAUGUUUCAGGCUGUUUCCUCUGUGCCCUCGGGGUUGCAGGCACUGAAUGUGACUCAAAGACCUUGCAGGAGCAGAGUGGCCCAGACUUGUAGAGGAGCCUGAGACAGUGUCCGUCUGCUUCUGCUCAACACCAUCUACUUGUUAAACAACAUGAGUGCGGGGGAGAGCGAGCAAGAGCAUAUAGCGGUGGGGGAAAGAGCUGUACGGUGACUGGGGAAGCAUGGAGCGCGGUGAAAGACAGAGAUGGAUCCUUCCGGCACGCUCUGGCAGUUUCUCCUGCAGCUGCUGGAGGAGCAAAGCCACCGACAUCUCAUCUCCUGGACCUCCAACGAUGGCGAGUUCAAACUCUUGGAUGCGGAGGAGGUGGCACGACUCUGGGGCCUGCGGAAAAACAAAACCAACAUGAACUACGACAAGCUAAGCCGAGCUUUGAGAUACUACUAUGAUAAGAACAUUAUAAAGAAAGUAAGUGGGCAAAAGUUUGUGUAUAAGUUUGUGUGUUAUCCGGAUCCCUGCAGUGGAGAGGCCUCCAAGGAUGAUGGAAAAAGUAGGGAAUCUGUGAAUGAACUAGCUCAGUCACUCAAGCCUGGAGACAGCUCCCUGUAUAUCCCUAAGAUGGUGAGGAGCAGCCCCAAGACAAGCCGCAAUGAGUACAUGAGAUCUGGCCUGUAUUCCACCUUCACCAUCCAAUCCCUGCAAGCCCCACCCACCUCGCAGCCCAGGACUAGCAAGUUGGAAACCUUGCCUCCAGCUGAAGCUCCUCCCCUGCAGGAGGCCAGGAGUCAGAGCAUUGACAUUCCACAUUAUGAGUCCAUGGAUCAGAGUGACACAGAUCUUUCUCUGGAGGUCAACAUCCACAGCUCCAAAGAACUUCAGUUACAUGUCACAGUGGACCCCCCAACUCCUGAUAUCAAAGUGGAGGAUCCUCUUGAAGAUGCAUCCACUGAUGUGGAAGACCUCUCUGAGCCCCAGGUCUUUCUGGCAUCUCUUCCUGAGAUAAAGACUACGAGCUCAGAACAGCCACUGGCUCAGGAGAUCUUGGUGGUCAUCAACUCUCCGGAGAAGGACGAAGUGAAAGCCAAGGAUGAUCUUCAGGAAGAAGAGAAGAAAGAGAAGGCGUCUGCAGCAGUUACGUCACAGGAAGGACAUCCCGUUAAAGGGAAGAAGCCAAAAGACCUGGAAAUCCCCUUCUCCACUGUGAUUGGACAGGAAAAGAUGAAUGCUGCUGUUAACUCUUUGUUGGCUCCUGGGAGCGCAUCAUCAGUCAUUACUUCUCAUUCGCUGACUCCUCUGCUGCUCACCCCAAGCUCCCUGCCUCCUUCCAUCCACUUCUGGAGUACGCUCAGCCCAAUUGCUCCCAGGAGUCCAGCCAAGCUGUCCUUCCAGUUCCCAGCCAACGGAAACAGCCAGAUCCAUGUUCCAACUCUCAGUGUUGAUGGGCUGUCCACCCCUGUUGUGCUAUCUCCUGGACCUCAGAAGCCAUAAGGAACUCAUAGAGCUGUGACGUCUUAAGACUUUUUGAAGACACAAUGUUUAUCUCUUAACGC